UGCUUCACACGACGCCCCUCACGCUGAUCAGCACAGAGCGGGCGGGGAUCCAAGCCGCGUCCGCCGUGCGUCUUUUUCGCUCGAGAGGAAAUCAUUGGGGUCCUAUUAUCGUCGGGCUGAGCGCACGAGCUGCCCGCGGCAUCACCUCAGAAAUAACAGGAGGGGUGCCAGCCAGAAGAGGAGGAGGAGGAGGAGGAAGAAGAGGAGAGGAAGGGGUGGCCGCGAGUACUGAGCACUGACUCGCUCAGAAAUAAACAAUUGCGACCGCUGAGGCAGAGAGACACCCUGUUUGGAAGACGUCCGCGGCGGGAAGAGCAAGGGAUCUGCUACUGAGAUGGCUGAGGUGUCACAAGAGGAGAGACUCCAGGCCAUCGCUGAGAAAAGGAAGAAGCAGACAGAGAUUGAGAACAAGAGGAGGCAGCUGGAUGAUGAUCGACGACAGCUCCAACAUCUUAAGUCAAAGGCGCUGAGGGAGCGCUGGUUGUUGGAUGGAGCUCCGGAGGAAGAGGAGACCCAGAGGCGUCUGCAGGAGGACGAGGUGAAGACCAAACUCCUGGAGCAGGUCAUCCUCAGGCUGGAGCAGGAGAUUGAAGAAUUGGAGACAGGCGUGCCAGCCAAUCAGGGCGUGGCCAAAGAAAAUGGAGGCGAGAAUGGAGUAGUGCAGAGCUCUGGCCAAACUCCCAGGCGAGAGGUGACAGGGAUUGAGGCCAAGCUGCUGGGCCCCAGCCCCGACCAGGCGAGCGCCGACAACCCCGUCACCCUGGUCUUCAUGGGCUACAAGACCGUGGAGGAAGAGCAGGAGAGCCGCAAAGCCAUGGAGGGGGUGGAUGGCAACGUCAAGGCCGAGUUUGUGGUCAUCGAGGAUGGGGAGGGCAAAGCGGGAGGAGAGGCAGCCACGGAGGAGCAGGCUCCACCCAAUGGGAGCAUGGCAGAGAAGGAGAAGGCCAAUGGGGGAGGGGAGGAGGCAGAGAAAGAAAAGGAGAAGAAACAGACCUGCAAAUGCUGCACGGUCAUGUGAGGUGUGUGUGUAUGUGUGGGGAUCCGUGUGUGUGUGAAUCCGUGUGUGUGUGUGUGUGUGUGUGUGUGUCAGUGUAUAUGCAUGCACGUAUACAUGCCUGAGUGCAUGCCUACCUCUGUGUAGGCAUGUGUACAGUUGUGUGUGUCUGUACUUACAAGUGCGUAUGGGUGUAUCUAUGUGUCUGUGUGGGAGUGUGUGCAUCAGGACUGGAAAAAACAACAACAACAACAACAACAACAACAGAAAGAAGUACAGCCACACAGCCAAGAUAUCAACAAAGAAAGCCAAUACAGCAGCUUCAGUCACAACUACAAGAACCACAAAGACUCAUAAGUACACUUUGAUCUGUAUACUUUCUCUGAUAUGUAUUUUACUUUGAUUUCUAUUGAUAUUUUUCUAUUUUUCUGUCUUGACAUUUAUAUUGUAUUCAGUAUGUAUAUCUUUAUUAUGGGACUGUGUACUGUAAGUUCAUUGUUAUUAUUGUUGGGGAAAAAAAUGUAAUAGCUCUCUGGAUUGUACUGCUAUCCAAUGGGGACACCUGGAAACUUAACAUCAUUGUAAUUUAGUCAAAACAGCAAAAUAUGAAGGACACAGAUACUUAAAUAUAUAUAUUUCUCUGUGUAGGCCUACCAACUAUUUAUCGGUCAAUUUCAUAUUGCAAUAUUGUCUAAGAUAUUAUUUUAAAUAGUAUUUUAAUAUAUUGAUAUCAAAUUAUGUUUUAUACAAUGUAUUUAUUGUUUUGGUUCUCUACAUUGUCUCCAACCAUUGACUGCAUGUAAGCUUGUAAGCACUACCAGAUUUGCAUUACAAUCAUAAGUGUCUGCGCUUUCUUAAACUCAUACGUGCUCAUAUCUUUAGCCACAUAAGUCUUUAUAUUAGUGACAGUAAAUAUGAUUGGCAGUGUUAGAGAUACGCUUUUUUUUUCUUGGUAAUUACAGCACGGAUACAAUGAGGCAAAGUAGAAUACUUAUAAUACACAUUAGCUUCUCACAGAUACCGUAUCCCACUCUCACAUGUACAUGGAAAUCACAGCUUUUUCUAUUUUUUGAAAAAAAAAAAAGAACAAUCCAAUUUAUGUUCAAUAGAGUCAUGUCAAGCCAUUGUGCAAUGAUUAGAAAUGCUUAAUUUUGUUCUCUCAGCAGUAACGUACAAUGUAGAAUCUUAUGAGGUAGCAACUGCAUGAAGCCUUGCAGCUUUUUUAACCGUCUUGUCACUGUUGGGUCUCUCUAUAUUAUCACGUUCACAUGAAUGUAAGUUCAGGGGUUAAAUUGGGAUUCGCUCUAGCAUAAUGAGAGGAGUGAGGCUUGUUCAGCUCACCAUGAAAAGCUUUUGUCCCUUCAUGAACCAAAUAAAAUCUCUAUUAAUAUUCUCAUUUCACUGUGUGUUGGUCGGCUGCUGGUUUCUGUCUUCUAUUUGCUCCCAGUUUAACCCCUGACUGUGUUUUUGUCCAGUGACCUGGGCCAAAAGUACUUGAAUAGACCCUAAAUUAAAAAGACGUGGGGUAUUUGAAUUGUUUUUUUUUUUUUUUUUUUUUUUUUUUUUAAAUUAUAAAUGAUCACACCCCGAGGAUCUUCAAGGAACAGGUCAUUCAAAAAGAGCAAAGAGAUGUUUGCCCACUGCCUCUAGAGCAAUCAGUCCUUCUAGAUACUGUGGCUUCUGUGUGAUUUUGUGAGGUUUCCAGUCUGCUCUGACCUUCCAUGUCUCAUUGCACAGCAAAACAACAGGGCCAGACGGGUAUUGUUUUAUAUAGCUCAAAGCAUCAGAAAUGUAGAUGUGAAAAACUUGAGCAACAUUUUUUUUCCAAAGACAAUGACACAGAUACCCUGCAUGAUCCACAGCCCUCGGGGGGGAAAGAGUUUCGUCAGGAACUAUUUCCUGUCAAAGAACACCAGCAAACCAAACGGAUACAGCUUUCCAGUAUUCUUCAGCAGGAAAUAGUUCCAAUGAAUGGUCGCAGCAGACUGGAGAGCUCACUAUAUCACACAGAAAGUACCUGGACGGGUAGAUUGCACUUUUUUUUUUUUUUUUUUUUUGAGUGACUUUUGUUCCUUUAAGCCCUCCACGCCUGGGACUCAAAUUCAAAGAAUUAAAUGUCCAAAUACCCAGGCUCUCUUAGAAUUAGUGCUUGUGUAGUGUGCAGACCCAGUAGAAAAGCAUCACAUGUUUAAAGACCCUACAGCCGACACCACUUGAUACUGUUCAAGUGUCUAGCAAGGUGACCAAGAAGAAGUGCAAACCCCCCCCAAAAUAAGCACCUCAAAUAAUUCAAAUCCCCGAAAGCCUAUUUAAAUACAUUUUGGCCCUAGUCUCCUCAUCUGUUCGGCGGACAGUAGAGGUCAUGGAUGGUCUGGGUCAGUGAUGCUAUGCGGCCUUUAUUUUUGUUCCCCCAGGCCUCAUCCAUGGCUCUCAUUCAUGGACACAUCAUGACACAACAUCACCAUUCAGCUAUGGUUUGUUGUUUUAACCACACUAUCAAACCAUAUGUCCACCAUCUCUGCUCAAAGACACACAUUUGAAAAAAAAAAACCUCUGAAGUUGGUGCUAACUUUGAGUCUCUUCAAACUCUCCAUUCACCAACUGCCGCUCACCUCGUUCCCUUUGUCAGAGCUCAAAUGACUGGUGAUGGGGAUUGUGUGAAAUAUAGUUCACUGAGACUCUACUGCCUCCUGCAUACACUUGUUGUGUAAGAGAGUCUUUUACAGCCCUCAGUGCCAUAUGCAUGUUCUCAUGUCUUGCCUAGAUUUACCACGGGAGAAAUCAUCAAGCGUGGAUGGACAAAACAUACGCUUUCCAUGUGUACAGUUCCACUGUAAUUGUACGACUUGCAACUUUUGUUUCUUAUAUUGACACUCAUGUUUGAUUUGUUUUUCCUAUGGCCUCUUUGCAGGGCAGUAUAUCGUAUUUGUUGUGUGUAUUUUUAAAAACAAAAAAGAUGACUACAUCUGUGUAUUGUUGGUGCCUUUGUCAGGUUCAGUUGGUUGGACUUGUCUGUCUGUCAUCCAUAUUAGACCAGGGUCUGUCCUGCUCUGCUCCUGGUCAUGAUGACCUGCUGGAAAUAUUGCCUUCUACACUGUAAGGGUCGCUACACAACAACAGCAGAAUAUCAUGCUGUGUUUUCCCACACAGUGUCAUUUAAAUGCAACCUAGAAGGCAGAACAAGUUUAGAAAAUUGUUGGUGUCUUGAAAAAAAAAAAAAAAAAACUCUGUAUCCCCAUUUUUUCAUUGUUGUUACUUUUAUGUCAUUUGUAGGAGAAAAAUCAUAACUUCACAAACAUACACAGAAUUUCAAUAUAAUAAUCAACAGCUUUUUCCCAUUUCCCCAAAAGUUGCAGGCUUGUUUUGUAGAUACAUAGUUUUGCAGGAGAUCGACAGUCUAGAAAUGUAUAUGUUCAUGCACGAGUAUAUGUACGUAUACAUACAAAUAUCCGUAAUGGGGAUUUCAUUUGUUAAGAUACACCUCUGCGUAAUAGUGGGUCUCGAGAACAGGAGCGGAGAAAGUAACCCUGCGUUAGACCAAUGCCUGUUCAUCUAUUCUGUGGUCGUCCAAAUGUUUAAUCUUGAAUAAAACUACUGUUUGUUUACAGCAA